AUGGAUGAUGAAUUGACAAAUUCCCCUUCCUGCAUCAGAGCUCAAAAGAUCAAGGAAAAGGCAGCACAAGAAGAAGCAGACCACAAGGCUGCCAGGGCCCACGCGGCCGCCACCGAAGCCAGGCCCAGCAGGACGCAGGUCACGAGGCUGGGGGAGCCCGUCCGAAGAUCCGGCCGGCUGCUAGCAAGGAGUCAAAGUCCUGCUACUCUGGCAUCAUCCCAAGCGACUGAUGCUAGUGGGGGUGAUUCAGGUGGCAAGCGUGCCGCGCCUACAAAUAACGCGCAGCCUGCUGCGAAGAGACAGAAGGCCACCCCCAAGAAAGCUGGUCCGGCACAGGAGGGUGAAUCAACCGGCGCUUCAAGGGCCCAACGUCCUCAGGGGAGAGGUGAACCUUCUUCAAGGCUAUUCAACACACUUCGCGGCGACACCCAGCCUAUUGUGGCUGCUGCUCGCUCCGAUCAACCGCGGCCUGGUGUUACGGGAACAGGUCGUCCACAAGCUCGUCCCAGGAAGCCGCGGAAAAUGAAGUCAGCCGCUGACCCGGAAGAAUUCAGGAGACGGGUUGGAGGCCUUGUGUUUGGCGAGGAAAAUGCUAGCAGCAAUGCAGGUCCGAGCAAUCUGGUCCCAAGCAACGUGGUUCCCGAUCCUCGCGCCGUUCAUGUACACACUUUGGCUGGGCCCAGCAACUGCGGCCCCGAUUAUAACCCGAGCUACAACAAUCCUCCGCCCUUUUGGCAUGGCAAUCAGUCAGAGGGUUCUGAGCCUGGCCCUGAUCCCAGUACUUCUCGAUAUGCCAACCCAGGCAAUCCGAUCACAACGAGACCCUAUACCCCAGCAGUCCAUCCAACCUCAGAGGCCCCAGCGCCUGGCCUUGCCGAUCCCAUGUACUAUCCUCAAUGGUUCCAGCAAAGCUACCAGGCCGCCGCUCCCCCUGGGUUGCAAGGCUACGGCGCAAAUCUUUAUCAUCCCCUUGAUCCGGCACCGGAGUAUCCCCCAGUCCCAAGUUUCCCCAGCAAUACAGCCUCUGAUCCAAUGCCCGCUCAGACUAACCAUGCAUCCCAUGUCCCUGGUAUGCCUGCUCCUCCUAGUGUCCCUCCAAGCUUCAAUAGCCAGGAAGCAAUGUAUCCUGCUGUCCAGAAUACACCGUGGGCGCUGGUUCCCUGGCCGCAAGUCCCUUGGGGCCACGGUCCUCCCGCUGCCCAGAAUGCCCAGUGGACAGACGAAGCAUCGCAGCCGGCCACGGUCAACCCACAGGACUUGCAUCAGCAUCAGCCAUUCCAUAAUCCGUUGUACUACCAGUACUACGCUCCGCCAGCGCAGCAGCAGCAAUAUCUGCAACAGCAACAGCCACAGCCUAGCAAUAAUGAGUCUCAGCAGCAGCCAGGUGACAGCUACGAUGAUCCCUCAUGGUCAGCCGCAGGCGAUCCUUUCAUCUUCGCUUCUCUCACCAAUGGGGCUGACAUGACGUCGGCAUUUGCUAACAAUCCAGACCUUCGUGCCAUUGUUGAUCCUGAUAUCCGUCCGCGAGUCGACGACAGCAAGACAAGCCCACCUCAUCGUCCCAGUAGGACAUUUAAGCUCCUGGGAGCAACCAAUGCUAAUAGGGACGGAAAUCAAGCAUCGCUCACCAUCUGCGAUCCACUGGAUCCUGGUUUGCCCUCGACCCCUGCGUUCCAAACACCUCACCUGCCAGGUGGGUUUCUGUGCGAGAGACGCAACCAGGACGAACAAGACAAACAUGUCGAGGGCACAGUCAUCGACCACGACGAGGACAACCUGCUGACGCGCACUGAGAAGAAGGAAUUCCACACGCUGUGGACCGUGACCAGAACCAUUCGGCCUACGAGGUAUGCACAUCCUGAAUGGGUCAAGAGAGUCACCAGAAGGCGUGUCCGCGUAGAAAAGAGCAAGCGCUGCAACCUCAGCCCUAGGACCAACAGCUCUGCCCUGGCCAGACCAACCUUUCUACCUGACGACGAGACGGAGUUUGACCUGCCUGAGGACGAUGCGGGAGACUUCGAUCCCACAAGUGUGGGGGGCUCGUUCAAACCUGCUCCAGUAGAGCAUAGCAACCUCUUCGCUACAGUGCCCGGUCCGUCCUCUACGUCGAAUGCAAGCCAAGUGGCAGCAAACACCGCAUCAUCUUCUCGUAGACAUCUGCCCAGCUGGCGUCCUAAACCCGCACAACAAGACGCCCGUCGCGCCGAUCGACGAGGCAGGAUUGCCCCACGAUCCGUCCCAUUGCCUGCCGCACGCCCUCAGCCCAGAGUUGGCAUGACCGGCCGACAGCCCACUCAGCAGGAUGUUGACGAGCAUAUCGAUCAACGUCGUCAGCGUCUCUACCGCGCGCGUGUCCAGUGGGAGGCCGCCAACCCAUUUGCCCUUCUCCCUCGCGUCUUCCGGGGCAAUACCAUGCCACUCAACACGAUUCGCGGCCAACGCACGGCCCAUCUUCCAAUUCGUCCUGAGCGGAAUGUCGCGGGCUUCCCGCAGCGUACGUACCAGGCUGGCCCUUUGUGGACAAGUAGAGAUUAUGACCCCUCUGGAUUCUCACGGGCGCAUUGCAACAAACGCGAGAGGAGGGAGAAGGCGGGUGAGCUUCAGGAUGAGGAGUAUGAUAUGACGGAGGAGGAGUUUCUGGCGUUUGUGCCUUGGCGAGAGUGGAAGUUUUGUUAG